CUUUGCAGCGACGUCAUUCGCUCUAAAUGACAAAAUAAAUGCUUUCACUAAACUGUUGACUCGUUAACGGCCACAUGAGGGCCUCUGUGUCCUGUCUGCCGCCUCCAAACCUCUCUCCUCAUUUCAAGCCUUUGCCAAAUUCCCUCCUCCCUCCUCCUCCUCCUCCUCCUCUCUGCCUGCCAGUAGCCCCUCUCAGGCCGCGUAGGGGAGCAUUCACACCCCGCUGUCGGCGUUUAGCGGAUGGGGCUCUCAGCUUGAGCCGGAGGGAGGAGGAGGAGAAAGAUGAACGGUAACCCGUGUGCCCGCAGGCUGGCCCGGCGUUCCAAGUCCGCCCUGCUGGUCGCCGCUCUGGCCGUCCUGCUGGUCCAGACUCUCAUCGUGUGGAACUUCAGCAGCCUGGACUCUGCCGGCGGGGACGGAGGCGCCAGGAGCCGGGAGAAGAGAGAGGACCGAGCCGGGGGGCUCAACAAAGCCGACAGGGAGCACCCGCGGAGGGGGCUGCAGAAGAAGGGCGACCCGCCGCCGCCGCUCGGAAAGGCGGCUGUUCGGCACAAGCUGCAGGCGGAUGUCUACCAUUCCCACCGGCCAAAAGAAAAACUUCGCCUGGACAGCAACAACAAUGAGAACUCAGUCCCCAAAGACUUUGACACCAUCGACAGCAACAGCAACCUGGGAGCUCGAUCACAACGCCAGCGAGUGCCAGUCGCAAACAUCAAACGCAAGCUCGACAAGGUCCAAGCACAAAGCAUGCUGGGAAAAUCUGCAAACGAAGUCCUCAAGUACCCCCCCAUCCAACCCAGAGGGUUGGGUCACAAUCAUAACCGAACCAACAUCCAUAAACCCCACCCUCAGGUGCCAACCAUCCCAGCACUGGUCCAGGGGUCCAAUCAGGAUCCACCGCUGUACCAGGAAAAGAAGUCAGCCACGGCACUGCCACCUGGUUUGGAGCCGAGGAAGGAGCAGCCGCAGUGUGAGAUCAGUGGGAAAGAAGCCAUUUCUGCUCUGUCCCGAGCCAAGAGUCGCGAGUGUCGGCAGCAGAUAGUGGAGGUCUACUGCAAGCACAAAGAGAAGGCGCUGAUGCCUGAGAAAGUGCCUCGCUACUGUCCCAUAGAAGGUAAGGCUAAUGUGAAUGUACAGUGGGAUGAGGAGCCCUCAGAUGCUGCCCAGGUCGUGCCGGCACGGAUCGCCUUCGUCCUGGUCGUCCAUGGCCGAGCCUCUCGUCAGUUCCAUCGUCUCUUCAAAGCCAUCUACCACACCUCGCACUAUUACUACAUCCAUGUAGACCUGAGGUCAAACUACCUCCACAGAGAGGUCCUGUCUCUGGCUGGCCAGUAUCCCAACGUCCGGGUGACUUCCUGGCGGAUGUCCACCAUCUGGGGCGGCGCCAGCCUGUUGACCAUGUACCUACGCAGCAUGGAGGACCUUCUGAAAAUGAGUGACUGGUCCUGGGACUUCUUCAUCAACCUCAGUGCUGCAGACUAUCCCAUCAGAACCAAUGACCAGCUGGUGGCUUUCCUGUCCAAGUACCGUAACAUGAACUUCAUCAAAUCUCACGGCAGAGACAAUGCACGUUUCAUCCGUAAACAGGGUCUGGACCGUCUCUUCUACGAGUGUGACACCCACAUGUGGCGUCUUGGGGACCGCAAGAUCCCAGAGGGCAUUGCGGUGGACGGAGGCUCCGAUUGGUUCCUGCUAAACCGGCCCUUUGUGGACUAUGUGGUCAACUCCCAAGACGAGCUGGUCAGCAGCAUGAAGCGCUUCUACGCCUACACACUGCUGCCUGCUGAGUCGUUUUUCCACACCGUGCUGGAGAACAGCGCACAUUGUGAGACCAUGGUGGACAACAACCUGAGGCUCACCAACUGGAACCGCAAACUGGGGUGUAAAUGCCAGUACAAGCAUAUUGUGGACUGGUGUGGCUGUUCACCCAACGACUUCAAGCCCUCUGACCUUCCACGCUUCCAGCAAGCGUCCAGACCGACCUUCUUUGCCAGAAAGUUUGAGGCCAGCGUCAGUCAGGAGAUCAUCAACCAGCUGGACUCCUACCUGUUCGGAUCGUACGACUCAGGCACCCUGGGCCUCCAUGCCUACUGGGAGAACAUCUAUGAGGAGGAGACAGAUGGCCUUGCCAGCCUAUCAGACUCCAUGCUCAGCCACUACCAUGCCUUCAGUCGCAUGGGACUGUCCCGCGCUGCCAGCUCACUACAAGGCCACCCCAAUGACAACAGCUGCAGGUAUGUGGCCAUGAGCCACCCAGUGUCAGUCCACGUCUACUUCCUGUCAGACCAGUUCCAGGGCUACCUGGUGCGUCAUGUGGCCACUAACCGAGCCUCCACCCAGCUGGAGAGCCUGGAGACCUGGGUGACACCCAAAGACCACUUCACCCUAGCCAGCCCACCCCACACCACCAACAGGCUGCAGCACGUCCAGGUUGGGGCAGACUGGGAUCCUAAGGAGCGUCUCUUCAGGAACUGGGGGGGUCUCUUGGGGCCCAAGGAUGAGCCGGUAGCUGUGCAACGCUGGAGCAGAAGCCAGAGCAACCUAACGGCCACUGUGGUGUGGAUCGAUCCCACCAACGUCAUUGCUGCCACUUACGACAUCCUGGUGGACGCCUCGGCUGAGGUCACUCACUACCGACCGCCACUCACCUCGCCGCUGAGGCCUGGCUUGUGGACACUGAGGGUGCUGCACCACUGGAACCCACUGGGCCAAACCACCUUCAUCGUGGCACCACUCGAGUUCCACCGACAGCAGCCUUUACAGCAAGAGGACGGGCUACGGUUGCACAGCGGCCCAGCUAGAAACUCCUAUAUGGAGCAGAGUUUCCACGGCCUGAACCCGGUGUUGCGGCUGCCAGUGAGCCUAGGCGCUGUGGAGGAGGCUGAGGCCAACGCUGGGCUGACAGGGGCACCUCUGCGUCGCUGGCUGGACGGGCUGUUGGAGGGCCACUGGUCGGCUGCAGAUGUCUGCUCAAUGGGACCCAGCGUCUGUCCUGUCAUGCAGCGCUGUCGUCUCACUGCCUGGAGCUCCGCCAGCCCUGACACCAAGUCUGAACUGACACCGCCCAGAGAGGACGGACGCAUCAGGUAGCAGACAGACAGACUGAGGGAAGAUGAGAGGAACAAAUGAAGGAAGACACGGGGCUAAUGUCCUGUUUGUUUCUGAUAUUUAUUUAUUUAAAGUUUGUGCAACAUGUGUGAAAGGAAAUGGAUGAAACUUUGGCGGCAGUGACGGGAAGAAGAGAAACAAACUCAAACAGUGGGGAAGUCUUCUCCUUCAGUCCUCAUUCAGUCUACUGCUCAAAGCCGUGUGUGUGUGUGUGUGAGAGAGAGAGCAAGAGAGAGAGAGGAUAAGUGUGUGUUGAAGCGUUGUGCCAGAAGAACUCUAUACCUCUUUUUGUGCGUGUUUUCCUGGGUUAAGGUGUGUGUGUUCAGAUGCUGAAAACACACCUGGUUGCUCAUUCUUAGGCCCAUUAUUGCGAAAAACAUUCAUCACGGCUUAGUUAGGUCUCAAUGUCCUCAUUUUAAAUUUCCUAAUUAUGUUUUUAUAGUGAUCAUACUUACUGUUUUCAGACUUUUAUUCCAAGAUGACCAUUUAAUUCAAAGGUUUAGUCUUCCUAGUCAUAGGACUGAAAGAAAGUGAACACAAGAACCUCAAGUUUCAACUCUGCUCAGGCAUGAGGUGAAGCUGAAUUAGGAUGAUUUUGGAUGAUGUACAGGCACUUGCUGAAGACAGGUGACACAAGUUUGUAUUCUUUUUAAAAUUCAAAUUAAGAGUCAACAGUAAUGCUUUGACUUAUUGUCAAGGCUUUUUUCAGCCCCAAAUGUUACCAUGUACAAUAAUAAGCUUAAAAUUUAUUAAAAACUAUUUUGUGAAGAUCAAACUAUUAUCUUAAGAUGACAAAAUUAAGAUUAGAGCUAUCUGUGGGGGCCUACUGAACUUAUUUUUGCUUUGACGGUCCAAUGGCUGAAACAUGAAUUAAAACAUGAAUACGGCUGAUAAUUUAAGUCCUCAUCACCAAAAUAUAAUGUUUGAGUUCUUGAGAUAAUGGUGCACUUAAAUCUUGGGGUAACAGGCCUGAAACACCAGAUAGUAACACUAUUUGUGUCCUUGAGAUGACAAAAUUCUUCAGCUGUGAUCCAGAUAUAAUGAGCCUUAGAAAAUCAUUAGCAACUAUGGAUAUUCUCAUACAGAGCCAGGUAGGUGCCAGGGGGGAAUUCUGUUACAUUUUUCACGCAAAUUACUAAAUUUCUGUUUACAUACAUAUUUCUUUUUUACUAUAUUGGGUUAGCCUCAUGUCUGAUGUUAAAAACAGCAGAGACCACAGUUAACAUUUCCUCUCUAACAACAGUCAGUGUUUGUUUCUUUUAACUAUGAAGAUGAUUUUUUUUUUUCGCUACUACUGGAAAAACACUGUUUAACUGUUAGUGGUGGAGUAAGUACUCAGAUCCUUUACUUAAGUAAAUUUUCUAUUACCAAAAAAAAAAAAAACCACCAUUAGAAGUAUUCAUUAUGUUCAGUUAAAGGUCCAGUGUGUAAGAUUUAGGGGGAUUUAGUGGCAUUUAGUUGUGAGGCCUGUAGAUUACAACCAGCUGAAACUUCUCCAGUUAAGAUUUCCUUCAGUGUUAAUUUUUCAGGAGGUUUCUACUGGAAGCCAAAUUAUCGAUUAUCCAUAACGUUCUUCCACUUGGAAAAACAACAACAGAUUCAGUAAUGUUAACCUGUAAAAACACAGAAUAAAACAGAUUUAUGUUACUAAAUUAGUGUUUUUCCAAAAACUGCUCAUCCUAGAGGGGCUGCUAACUACAUUGGCCGAUGCAAAAGUGAGGAUGGCCCUAUCUAGAGCCAGUCUUGGUUUGUCUGUUCUGGGCAACUGUAGAGACAUGGUGAUGCAGCACUGUGGACGCCACACACAUGGACCUGCUCCCUAUGUAGAUAUAACUGGCUCAGCAUGAUUCUUAUUAUUCUUAUUUUCAGGUGAUUAUACAAAGAAAACAAAUUUUAUUAUAUUCCUUUUCAGCCAAUAUAUCACCUAAGUCCUACACACCAGACCUUCAAAGCACAGAAGUGUUACUAAGCAAAGUGCCAAUUUUGUAGAAAGGCCCCUUUUAAUGUUUGUCUUGAUAUUGGAUAUGGUAGGCAUAGGAUGAGCUGCGUCUUAAUAAACUGUCCUAUGUUUGUCUUCUUGUCAGGUGCAAAAGUCAGAGAAGGAGUCUUCCUUUGCUACAUUUUGAUAUUACAUAUAUAAUAAUAAUGGGUUUAUUACUGGUGGAAACAGCAUGUUAACAUGUAGUUGAUCAAGGUGGAGCUAAUUUUACUACUCUAUCUACUUUAUAUACUGUCGACAGGUUGUUAAAUCUAGCUACUGUACAUUUAUGUAAAAUAUGAAUCUGCAAAGUAACCAAUAACUAUAGCUGUGGAUAGGUGUAGUGAAGGAAAAAAUUAUUUGUUUUCAAGGUACUUUAAAAUUGUACUUGAGUAAAGGUACUUGGUUACUCUCCACCACUCACACACCACCUGUUCAGAACUAGUUGAAACUUUUCUCCCCUGACACUGAGCAGCUCUGUAUUCUGCUGUUUGUUAUAUUCUGUGCCAUGUCUGAAUCCUUCAGACUUGAAGUGUGAGACGUCCGCUAUGCUGGAACCUCAGAAAAGAUUCACCUUCUCUUUUAUUUCACUUUACACACAUUUGUCAUCUGCUCUUGCUGUAGAAACUGAUGUAACUGUGUCAAUGCUUCAACAGCUACGCAAGUAAUUUAUUCAGAAGUUUAUAUAAAACAUUUUCUUUUAUUUUCAUUUUUUCCUUCUUUUUUAGUCAGUGACUAAUAUUUGAUAUGCUGAUAUUUGCAGCGGGUGAGAUUUGUUUUUGGUUUUUUUAGACAAAACGUCUGCCUUUGUUUCUAAAGGCCUUCCGGUGUUUGUCAGGACUGAUGGUAAAUGUUUGUGUCGGUCACUUUUGGGACUGGCCUCCUCUCCUCUGCCUUUUGACUCAUCUGCUCUCAUUUCAACUACUUUACAGCUACAAGUUUAUUACGACCACGGAGCUGAGGUACAGCUACAUAUUUUAAACUAUAGGAUGAUGUUCCGACUGGACGUUUGUGAGUCUGUCAGCAACAGUUACAAUAUUUUGUAUUAAGUGGUCUUUCAGUCCUUUUUAACAUAACCGUUUAUUCUCUAAAAUAAAAUAUAUUUUGCAAAAAAUACAUAAUUGCAAAUGCUUAUCAGCAGAUACAAGAGCGAGGCCUUAGAAAAGUAUUUUGUACUCUAUGCACCAAGACCCAAAAGGUAUUUAAUUUUUUAAUAUGGCACUACAUAAAAGCAGAAAAUCUUAUUUAUGGAGAUUUAAACUGAAGAAGGUUGAUUAUUACAUAAAUUGAUAAUAUUCUGUGAAACCAGUCAGCACGUUGUUUCAGAGCUUGACAUUUAUAAGUGUUUGAAAAAAUGUAGACAUCGCUGCAACAGUGAUUCAAUAUUUCUGUGUUAAAUUCAUAUCGCAAUGACCCCAACAAGUUGAUGGGCAAAAAUUAAAUCUGUGUACAACUUUUCAUAGUUUGUAUAUUUAUCUGAAUAAUCAUAUUCUAAUCCUUCCAUACUAAUCAUUACUUAUACAUGCAUAUAUUAUUUAAUCUGACUUUCCUAUGAGUUGAGUUUGAUGUAGCAGGUGAGGAGGCAGAGAGGAGGAGGCCACCCGAGACAUUUAGAUGCACCUUCAGAUUUCCAUGCUGCUCAGUGACUGACUUUGUGCCAAGACAUAAAAUAUUCAUAGCAAGUCUGGGCUGCACCAGUAGGGAUAAAGGUUACAGUGUGUGGUUUUUAAGACCAGAGCAAAACAGGUUUAUUAACAUUCUUAAGAGGGCUUUGCUAAUGGUUUUCUGGUGGUGGGACAUUGAUUCAACAUGUUAAGAAUUUUAGUGAGAAACACUAAACGUAAACAAGACUGUUUAAUCAAUUCACAAAGACAACUCCACUUCAUGUCUAAAAUCAGUGCAAUAGUUAAACCUGUUAACUAACAUUUUAAUUUGGAUUAAAAAAAAAAAACAAUCAUAUUCUGCUCAUAAGUGGAUAUAAUUUAAGAUCAAUUUGCAUCAAAAGGGUUUUGGGCUAAUAUUGACAGCCCCUUUAAGGCAAUAGUUAAUCACUUUGAGAAUGACUAAGAGUUGGCUGCUCAGAUUGAUCCCAAUCCCAUGUCUGUGCAGUAAAAAAUGAAGCCGCAGCAGCAGCAAGUCUGCCCAACAGCACCUCCAAAGCUCACUGGUUAACUUAAGAAAGUCACUGCAACUAGCCAAAAAUUGUCCAGCACAUAGCGAAAUCUGUGAACCCCAAUCUCAGUUUUUGUAAGAAUAAGCUGCUUCCCCCUGCUUCUAGUCUUUAUGCUAAGAUAAGAUAAUCUACAGACAGAGUGGUGUUGAUCUUAUCAAAUUCUCAAUAAAGCGAACCAGUGUUCUAAAAUGGUGGAAAUAUUACUUAAUUACUUUUAAUUCUGUGCCAAGCGUAACAUUAACCAUUUAUUUAUCCAAUUGUGAUUUGAAAGCAAACUAGUAGAAAGUAAUAUUAAAUUAACAAAUCUUAAUCCUUGCUGGUGCAAUCCAUCCUCACUUAGUUAUAUUUUCAUUACUAUAAAAACUAAUAUUUAAUAUUUUUUUUAUUAUUAUUCCAGUGUGUGUAGUUGCCAUAUGACAAUAUUAUUGGGACCAAAACUGGAAAGUAGUGGGGGGCUUUCUUAGAAUUAACUGUCAGCACUUAAAGGACAUGAACAGUACGUCGUAUUUAUUCUAGAAAAGAUUAACUAUUAUACAUAUAAUUUAUGAUUUGAAAUGAUGGAUGUAUGCUGCAGAUGUUACCAGAUAUUUGUGGUUGUGGAUCAGCACAGUGUCAAUGAGUUUAACGCUGAAAGAGCCAGUCUCUGUUAGACUGUACCAACAAUACAGUAGUGUACAGGAUCGUCGUUUACUGCCACUGGAUUAAGGAUUAAUAAGGUUGUAAGAGAUACAGUCAGGGUAUUUUUAACCCUUUGAUUUCAUAUCCAAACAAACAUUAACAAAAAUAUAAUUAUAAUUAAAUUUCUAAAUCCAUAGCCUAUAAACAACAAUGAAUUCUGAAUAGUUGUAUGUGGUGUGACGGAUAAACAGGCUGUUAAGAUGUUCUCCACACAGACUGUAAAUCAAACUAAAGGAAGUCAAGUCUUAUUGAUGUGCUGAAAUCAAAUGGUUAAAACCUGACUAGGGACAAAACUACAUUUAAGUUGUACAUGUUUUUAGUUUUGAUUUAAUUUAGUUCGUCUAGUUUAAGUCUUGCAUCAUUCAUUUCAGACAAAUUCUUAGAUUUAAAAAGAUUUUUAUUAUUAGGUUUUAUCAUUAUUGUUAUAACUAUGGACGCGUGCAGCUUUCAUGAUUUGAUCCAUACAUACAGUCAUUUUUAAAAAAUAUUUUUGUAUGUCAGCAGUCAUUUCGGCAUAAUGUCAGUCUCCAAAAAAGUCCCAGAAAUUAAAACACUUUAGAGAAAAUUACAAAAAAAAAAAUAAAGAAAAAGAAAUUAAUUUUUUUUCUGUUCCUGCUUGAUGUUGAUGUGAAAAUUAAGAGCCAUUUUAUGUCUGAUGGGUAUUUUUCAUAUGAUGAGUGAGUCGAUUGUUAAUCAGUAUUUUGCGAAAUACUCAAAAGACUAUGUACAGUUUUUAAGUUAAUGACAUAGAAAGGUACGGCUCUUUGGAGUGCUGGGAUGAUGGUGCCACAAAGAUCAUGUGACUGUUUUUCAGAGAUUUCUCUGGUGUGAAAGACAAAGAUGUUGAUAAAGUCUUCAGAUUCUGGAAGAAAAUUCCAGCUGAGAGGUUUUUUCUUUGCAUACUUUUUAUUUUUGCCUCACACUUUAAUGCUGUUUGUUUCUUUUAUAUCCAGUACCAAACAAACCUGUUUUGUUUGUUUUCAGUGCCAUCUCUGAAGUAUUGCCUUUUUGUUUUAUUAUUUUCUUGCUUUUCGUGAUCGUUCUCUCUCUCUCUGGGAGUAGUGCUGUGCCUUAGCUGUACUCCUGUUUUAGGAAACCCUCUCUGAAAGCAUCAAAAACUGUCUCAAGUGUCCAAAAACAAAAACGAAUUGUUGUGAAUGCCUUAUAAAUGACCUUAGCGGUUUUGAAGUACAAUUUUUGA